AUGGUUAUAAUGAGCCGUUUGCGUGGAAUUACCUCGAUUUUAACGCGAUUUUUAUCGUCAGUUCAACAAAACAACGCCCAGCAGCAAAUACACCAGUUAUUAACUGGCAGAUUUCCUAAGGCAAGCGUCAACGUUGUAGAUGUAUCUGGAGGUUGUGGUGCUAUGUUUGAGGUGUUUGUGGAAGAUAAAGAAUUUGAAGGUUUAUCCACUUUAAAGCAACAUAAAUUAAUAACACAAACAUUAAAAGAGCAAAUAAAAAAUAUGCACGGUGUCCGCAUACAUACAUCAAUACCAAAAGCCAAAUGAUGCAUCUUUAUAAAUCAAAUCUCUAUGCCAUGGUUGAAGCAAACAAGUUGUUAUCUAGUUUUAAUCUGCUUUCAGUAACAUUAGUGAAUAAACGAGAAUACAACAGGGUGUGCGAAAUAUAAACGAAAAUAAUUUGUAAAGAAAUGUUAACGAGUUGAAACCCAAUAAUUAAAAAUUAAUUGUUCUUCACAUUUUAUUUCGCA